AUGGGAUUAGCUUCCGUGGUUCACAAUGGCGUUCAAAUUCCUAUGAGGCAGAAUGCCCUUGUCAGAGUGAGGGUUUCAUCUUCCAAAACCUCUACACUCCAUUUCCUUCACCAUCCUAUCUCUUCUUUUUCUUCAGCUGAUCGUUUUCAUCGUCCUCUCCGCCUUCAACUUUCAUGCUCCAAACCAAUUCAUGCUUCAGAAGUGAAGAGAAUUACUGCUCAACCAAAGGAUGAAAUAUCUUCUACCGACGAAACACAGAGCUCGGCUGUUAGAACUGUAGCUUUAUGGGUUUUUGCCGCAGUAGCAUUUGGUCUUGGGGUGGGUUUUAAACAAGGUUAUGACAAGGCGUCUGAAUUUUUUGCUGGAUACAUAUUGGAGCAAAGUCUCUCAGUGGAUAAUCUCUUUGUCUUUGUUCUAAUAUUCAAAUACCUCAAAGUGCCAGCUUUGUAUCAGAAUCGUGUACUUUCCUAUGGUAUUGCCGGUGCAGUUGUUUUUCGCCUGACAAUAAUACUUCUUGGAACAGCCACCAUUCAGAGGUUUGAAGCAGUCAACCUUCUAUUGGCGACGAUAUUACUCUUCUCAUCAUUUAAGCUAUUUGCUAGUGAAGAAGAAGAGUCGGAUUUAUCUGAUAACUUUCUGGUGAAGACAUGCCAGAAACUUAUCCCGGUAACAACAAAUUAUGAUGGAAACAAGUUCAUAACAAAGCAGGAUGGGAUAUGGAUGGCCACACCUUUGCUUCUUACAGUAGCAGUUAUUGAACUUAGUGACAUUGCAUUUGCCGUGGACUCAAUACCUGCAGUUUUUGGUGUAACACGGGAUCCAUUUAUAGUGUUUUCUUCUAAUCUUUUUGCCAUUCUGGGUUUGAGGUCACUUUACUUGAUAAUUUCAGAGGGUAUGUCAGAGUUGAAGUACUUACAGCCGUCCAUUGCUGUUGUUCUUGGAUUUAUCGGGUGUAAGAUGAUUGCGGACUAUUUUGGAAUCCAUGUCUCAACAGAAGCAUCUCUCGGUUUCGUAGCCUCGAGUCUUUCCAUUGGAGUAAUAUUAAGUCUGGCUAACAAAUCCGACUAA